GUAGCUAUCAUAUGCGAGAUUAUGCAAAAAAUACUGUUGCCUAACUCAUUUUGCAAAGAAACUUGGUAUCGUUCUAUCUUGACCGCCCGUGAUGUGUAGAUGUAGAGGGACUCUUCGUGACUCUGACUUGCUUGCAUUGCAAUAAUUUGAAACAUCAGUAUCAAACAAGCACCCGGGAUGCUUGGGAGAACAGCUCUGCAAAUCUGCCGACUCCUGGUCUUCGUUAGUCCUGUUCCCCAGCUCUGUUGACCUAGGGGUCACACAAACUAACAUACCCGGCAUUCCGAAACAACCAGGGACCUAACUAACAUUGUGCAGUUUGUUGUGUUACUCCGCGUUGACUCAGUCGUCUGGUGAUUACUUUGUUCACAGAGAUGAAGAAAUAUACUCAAGCCUUGCUCUCUUUUGGGAAAAAAAAACGGGACAGGAAGAGGAUGAUAGGGGGAGAAAAAAUAAGAAAAGUGGUGACUGAGAAGUCAAGUCAAAUACUGUCCUCAUCCAGUUCAAACAAUGUAAUGACCAUAGAGGUUUUCUUUGGCAAUCAUAAUGGAACUUAUAUAGCCUAAAUUUAACAACAUACCAACUGUAAGAGUAAUCAUUGUGUAACCUAAAUUUUACUUUUACUCUUGUGCUGUUGUGUCACUAUUUAUUAUUUGAAUUAUUUAAAUGUGUCUCAAUGUUGAUAUGAGGGAGGUAUGUUUUAUUUAACUUCAUGAUCCUCCUUACAAUUUAGCAGGAGAGACAAGUGAGGACAGACAGGGACAGACAGUGGAUGAAGGAACAGAAAGAGGACAGCAUGGAGGCAGCAGAGAGAAAGACUUCGGUGAAAAAGGGAGAGCAGCACUGAGGGAGACAAAGAUGGAAGAGAGAUGACAGAAGAGGGGAGAGUCUGUCUACAAGAAUUGGAUCCUGCCAGGUGUCUGUAAAACCAUACAGUGGGCCGACUGUAAAGGAAAUCCAUGCUCGUGUUACCUCUUGGUCGGCGACAACACAAAACAAAUUCUGAACUGCACCACCUUGAUCCCAAAGUGCUUACUCAUGAAGGCUGAGAUGUACAGAGCCAAAAAGGGCCUGGACACCCGUACCAUUGGGGGAAAACCGCUGGAGACCUCUUUUAUCUACAACCCUGAGUGUGAAAACGACGGCAUGUUCAAGGCCAAGCAGUGCAACGACUCCUCGGAGUGCUGGUGCGUCAACAGCGCUGGCUUUCGCCGCACAGACAAGGGGGAUAAGGACCUGAAGUGUGAGAAGCUGGUGAAGACAAACAAAGUUCACCUUGACCUCAUACACAAAUCAGUGGAUGGGGAAGUGGAUGCCAAGAAGCUGGAGGUUCAUUUUAAGGAUGAAUUUCACAAACGUUACAACAACUCCAUUAAGGACAUUGAUCGAAUGUUGAGCAUUGAGUAUCAUCCCAAAGACCGCUGGAUAGCAGUCGUCGUGAAGGAGCUAGAGGGGGUUGAGAAUACUGACCUGACCAGCUUGGCCUACUACAUUGAGAAUGAUGUGAAGCUGAGACCCCUGUUUGAGACCUCAGAGAUGUUCAAGCUGACAGUGGGCACUAUAAAGCUUGAGUUGAAGGAAAUCAAGGUGUUCUCUAUGGAUGAGAAAUCCCCAACCUCCUCCGGGAAGCUCAUGUCAAAUGUGAACAUCAGCAUCCUUGUAGUGGCGCUGUUGAUGAUAGUGGUUAUCACUGCGUGGAUUUGUAUUUCGCAAUACCGACAACGACAAGAAAGGAGACAGCAUUCCUAAUGAGCCUCAAAGAGAUGAACUCCCCUUGACCUUUCUCUUUAUCUUGGUCUGGUGAAAGAGCUGCUAUUAUUUGAUUAACUGUACUUGCAGUGGGAUAAUGUCCUUUUCACCUUUUUACUUGAGGCAUGCAAAAUGAAAUGAAAAGAAACUGUUUCCUUGCUUUUAUUGUUGUUUAGAUGUUGUCAGCACUGCAUACUUUUUUUAAUCUGUAAAGUCUUAAAACGUCAUCCAGUCUGUUUGCAAUAACGAAAUAUGCUUUCAAAGAAAAUGUUGCACUUAUUUUGGUGUUGAGUACUUCAGAAGUUUUUGGUUGUUUACAACAUGUCGGAGUUUUUUCAGCGAGGUUCUUUCAGUGUCAGUAAGAGGAUUUUAAGUAACUUUUAUUGUUCUUUUAUUGAAAGUCUUUUAACCUUUUCAUUUAUCUGCUGGUUCGAGGGCUUACCUAUCAAAGAGAAGAACAGCCUGCAGAGCAUUGUAAAAGUCUGCUCCAAGAUCACAGGAGUUAAACAGAGAGACUUGUGUUCCCUCUGGGAGAACCAGGUGCUGAUGAAAGCGAAAAACAUUAUUGGCCAGUCAUUACAUGUCCUUCGUACCGAGUUCGUGCUGAUGCCUUCAGCUCGCCGCUUUUGUGCACCCUUGAGGAGAACUAAUCGGUAUUCAAAGUAUUUUAUCCCGUCUGCUAUCAGGCUUUUAAACUGAGACGGCAGUCUUUUUAGUCAUUUUAAAUAACAUUGGUAUGACAAGAGAUUAUAUU